AUGGCCAAUACUACCCAUGAUACCUUUCACGUCGCCAUCGUCGGUGCUGGCAUCGGUGGUCUCGCGCUGGUGAUGGCUCUCCACAAGAAGGGGAUCUUCUUCACGCUGUACGAGGAAGCCGACGAGUAUUCUGUAGUAUGUGCCGGCAUUGGAUUCGCCCCUAAUGGUAUGUGCACCAUGGAUCUCAUUGAACCUGGUUUCCGACCCCUGUAUGAAAAGGCCUGCGUUGGAAACAAAGGCGAAGACGCCCAGAAUAUCUUCUUCGAGGGCAUGCUUUUGGAAGAGGGGUUUGGACGUGGUCGACCGUGGCAUGGCAGAUCUGGAUGGGGCCACCCUAAUUACGUUCGCAAAUCCGCACACCGCAAAGCCUUACUUGACAUCAUGACCAGCUUUAUCCCGAUCGAAAACGUCAAAUUUAGCAAGCGCCUGAUGAAUGUCGAACAGCGCACAGCCGGUGUCUCCCUCACAUUUUCCGACGGCACGGCCGCCGAGGCUGCUAUACUUGCCGGUGCGGAUGGUAUCAAAAGCACCGUGCGCGAGCAUGUGCUGAAGGAUAUAUACCCGAGCCAAGUGUCACCAGUGUAUGCAGGUGCUUACUGCUAUCGAGCUGUCAUCCCAAUGUCCGAAGCCUACCCAAUCCUCGGCGACCUGACAGAUGUGGCCAAGUUCUAUUUCGGACCCAAGCGUAGCGCCGUGACCUAUCGCAUCAGUGGCGGUGAUGAAUUCAACUAUCUUCUCUGCGUUGCGGAUUCCGACGACGCGUGGAAGCUAAAGGACGCCGUCACGGAGAAGAUUACACACGAAACCAUGAUGGCCGAUUUCGAGGGCCCGGGCGUCGACGAGAGCUUCCGACAACUUCAUCGAAAAGCCAAGCCGGUUAAAUGGGGGUUCUUCCAUCAUCGUCACACCGCGACAUACUUCCGCGAUCGCGUGGUUCUGGUCGGCGACAGUGCCCACGCGUCCCUGCUUUUCCAGGCAGCAGGCGCGGCACAGGGCUUAGAAGAUGCCUUGGUGCUGUCGAACGUGCUCGCAGAGCUUGCCAGACUCCCGGAGCGCGGCGCAAGCCAGCUGCCCGCGAUCCGUGCAGGUCUGACUGCGUACGACUCGGUGCGGCGUCCACGGGCCCAGAAGCAGCUGGAGCAGGCGGCUGAGGUAGGCCACAUGAUCUUCUUUCAGCACGAGGAAGCGGGCGCCGACAUGGAAAAGAUCCUUCCCCGGCUGCAGCAAGAGCGGUUUAACUGGCUGUGGUUCUACGAUAUGAACGACGAUGUGCAGGAGGUGCUUGGCAGGAUGCAGAAAGAGAUCAGUACCAAUUCUCACGGUGCGAAGAUAUAA